GGUCACGACUUCCGGUCUCUCGAGUCAGCUGAUCAAUCACGUUCCUGUCUGCUGCUGCACAGUAGUCGAGAGAAUGUCAGGCAAAGAUAAAUUACCAAUUUUCCCCUCUAGGGGGGCCCAGAUGCUGAUGAAAUCUCGUUUGCAAGGGGCGCAAAAAGGACAUGGCUUAUUGAAGAAAAAGGCUGAUGCAUUGCAAAUGCGUUUCAGGAUGAUAUUGGGAAAAAUUAUAGAAACCAAAACUUUGAUGGGCGAAGUAAUGAAAGAGGCAGCCUUUUCAUUGGCGGAAGCAAAGUUUGCUACAGGAGAUUUUAAUCAGGUGGUUCUGCAGAAUGUAACAAAAGCACAGAUCAAAAUUCGUUCCAAGAAGGAUAAUGUUGCUGGUGUAAAUCUACCAAUAUUCGAAUCUUACCAGGAUGGAACAGAUACUUAUGAGUUAGCAGGUCUGGCAAGAGGUGGUCAACAAUUGGCUAAACUGAAGAAAAACUAUCAACGGGCAGUGAAAUUGCUGGUAGAACUGGCAUCACUACAGACGAGUUUUGUCACUCUGGAUGAAGUUAUCAAAAUCACGAAUCGGCGUGUUAAUGCUAUCGAACAUGUUAUCAUCCCUCGAAUUGAAAGAACUCUAGCUUAUAUUAUUUCGGAGCUCGAUGAACUUGAAAGAGAAGAGUUUUAUCGGUUGAAAAAGAUUCAAGAUAAGAAGAAAAUUGCCAAAGCAAAGCUUGAAGCGGAAAGAGCAGAAUUAAUUGCAACUGGACAUGAUUUUGAGGCUACAAAUCUGCUCGACGAGAGCGACGAUGAUGUAUUGUUUUAAAUACUGUAAAUAAUAUGUUAUAAAUAUUAAGAUGUUAAUAGCCCCAAAAAGACGAAAAGAACCUCUUCCCGUUUAGCUUUUUAUUGAUUUUACAUUAUGGUAUAAUGAUAAUCUCAUUUGUAUAUUUUAGAAAAUGUCAUUGGAAGCCUUUUCUUUUCUUUGUAAUUUUGAGAAAACAAUUUUUUCAAACUUGCUGUUCUUAUCUUUCAAAAUAUGUAUAUGGUAUAUGUAGCAAUUUAUAAAAAUAAGCAACUAUAUUAUAUUAUAUUAUAUCACACACAGAUAACAGCAAUACUGUUGUCUGUUUGUAAAAGUACUUUAGAAGUACUAUUUUAAUUCUAUAUUGUGAAAAGUAUUUUAAUCCUAUAUAUUGCAAGUUAUUCAUCAUCUAAAUAAUUCCUGUUUAUAUGAUGUGAGAAAUUAUACAAUUUAAGUCUAUAUAUUGAUUAGGAAUAUGUAAUAAAUAUAUGUAUAUAUUU